AUGUUUCCAGGGUUUAUGCAGGCAGCUAUUUUAGCUGUUGUUAUUGUUCUGAGUCAAACAACGAAACGUAUUCAUGGCAGUGAAUCGGGAUCAGAUGCAGGUGCAAGUCAUGUUCUUACAUUAACUAAAGAUACAUUUGAUGAUGUUGUCAAAAAUAAUAAAUUUGUUUUGGUUAAAUUUGUUGCACCAUGGUGUGGUCAUUGCAAAGCUUUAGAACCAGCUUACGCUGGAGCUGCUCGAAAUCUAGCCGAGUCUGGUAGCGAAGUGAAAUUAGCUAGUGUUGAUGCAACCAUUGAAAAUGAUCUUGCGCAACGAUUUGAAGUUAGAGGCUAUCCAACAUUGAAAUUUUUUCUUGAUGGCACAGUCUUGGAAUAUACUGGUGGCCGAUCAGAUAGUGAUAUCGUUAGUUGGCUAAAAAAGAAGACAGGGCCAGCAGCUGAUGAAUUAAAGACAGCUGAUGAUCUUAACAAAUUGAAGCAAGCUGGUGAUGUUGUUGUUAUUGGUGCAUUCAAGGAUACUGAUGGUGAUGCUGCUGCUGCUUUUCUUCAAGUUGCUAAGACUCUUGAAGGUUUUCCAUUUGGUAUAACAUCAAAUGAUGAUGUUCGUAAAGAACUUGAAGUUACAGAUGAUGCAAUUAUUCUCUUGAAAAAAUUUGAUGAAGGCCGCAAUGUUCUCACAUCAUCGAUUGAUGAAGAUUCAAUUCGAAAAUUUAUUGAAGCCAAUCAAUUUCCAAUCGUCAUCGAUUUCAAUGGAGAUACAGCUCAAAAGAUCUUUGGUGGUCCAAUUAAAGUUCAUAUUCUUUUAUUUGCUGAUAAAACUAAUGAAAAUUAUGAAAAACAACGAGAACAAUUUCAUACAGCUGCAAAACAAUUUCGCGGACAGACACUUUUCGUUUUCGUUGAUGUGAAUGAUCAAGAAAAUGGACGUGUCACUGAAUUCUUUGGUCUUCAAAAGUCUGAUUUCCCAGCAAUUCGUUUAAUAACACUAGAAGAUGAAAUGACCAAAUUCAAACCUGACUUCUCUGAUAUUACAUCAGAAAGUUUAGUUAGCUUCGUUAAUGAAUUUUUUGAUGGCAAACUCAAACCAGAUUUACUUUCACAAGAAAUCCCUGAAGAUUGGGAUAAAGCUUCAGUCAAAGUUUUGGUCGGAAAAAAUUUCAACGAUGUUGCAAAGGACAAAAGCAAAACUGUACUUGUUACAUUUGUUGCACCAUGGUGUGGCCACUGUAAACAAUUGACGCCAAUUUAUGAACAAUUAGGUGAUCAAUAUAAAGAUAUUCCUGAUGUUGUGGUUGCUAAAAUGGAUGCUACUGCUAAUGAAGUUGAAGGUAUCAAAAUUCAAAGUUUCCCAACAAUUAAACUUUUCCCAAAGGAUUCAGAUGAAAUUGUUGAAUAUUUUGGUGCUCGUACAGUUGAAGCUCUUGCAAAAUUUAUUAAUUCAAAUGGUAAAGAAAAUGGAAAAGCUGCUGAUACUGAAGAGCCUGAACACGAUGAAGAAGGCGGAGAAGAAGAAGAGCAUGGUGGUGAACCAGCUCAUGAAGAUUUAUAA